GUUUUGUUUUAUCUUUCCCCUUUUUUCUAAUCUUUUUUUUUGGAACCUGACUCAUCUUUUAGGGUUCAUUUUUCUUCCUCGGGUUGUUCCCCCAAGCCCUAGCCGCCGCCGCCGCCGUUUCGUAGCUCCGGUCGCAGCAAGAUACCAGGAUUUCAGCGAGGAAAAGGACGAAUCUUGGAGGUUUUCUCUCCGGAUCUUGUUCUGUAGUCUUCACUAACUAACAGGAGGAAAUAAUUUAGCCUUCCUGUUCUUGUUUAUGCCUUCAUAUGAUCUGUGGGCGCAAGGCCAGUCUAAUUUCGUCACCAUGCGUGUUUUCCCUUCGAUUUGCAACAGAAGUUUUGCUUUUGCUGCUAGUUCAAUUGAAGAACAUUGUAUUAGGAAGACUAGAUUUUUACUCUUAUGAAGAGGGCUGAUUAACCAGAUCGGGCUAACAAAUACUGAAUUAGGAGUUUACUGAACAACUAACUUGUAGACUGUUCCAAGACAUGCACUUACACUGUUGCUCAAAAAAAAAGAUAUGCACUCACACAUUCUAGUUGGGUGGGGAUUACAUAACAUAGACCAAGAGAAGAUGCAGCGUUUAUAUCCCUUUAUUUCAGUUCACGAACGAAUCCACAAAUAUUUGCCUGGAAAAUCAUAAUAUGUUGAUCUGCAUCAAGCUAUGUUAGUGGCUUAAAGAAAUGAGGCAAUGGGCAUUUGAGUUGUUUUCGUUUGUGAUACAAUUACGGUCUUCAUUCUGUUUCAUGAUCCAUAUCAGUUGUAUAUUUGUCAAAAUCCUGAUGUGAUGUAUGCUUAUUUCUCUGUUCAUUUACGCAUUUGUCCUGAUUAUGCCAUUUUAGAGAUCAAACUUAUUCCAUCAUAACCAAUAAACUUAGUUGGGCUGUGAGACAGACUAAACGAAUGAUGGCUUCACGAGGCACCAGUGCCGUGCUUUCAAGAGCUGCUCGGAUGAGGCAAAAGCUGCAGUCUGCCUUGGAGGCCAGUGCCCUAGAAAUUGAAGAUGUUUCUUACCAACACGCCGGGCAUGCAGCUGUCAAGGAUAAUGCAAACGAGACGCAUUUCAACAUCAAGGUAGUUUCACCAAAAUUUGAGGGGCAGAACCUUGUGAAGCGUCACAGGAUGGUUUAUGAUCUUCUGUCUGAUGAGCUGAACUCAGGUCUCCAUGCUAUCUCCAUUGUUGCAAAGACACCGAAAGAGUCUGGAUCCUGAUCGUCUAAUGUGUAAUAAGAUGGCCUAUGUUUCAAAAUAAAUCGAUUGUAGCAGUACCGUGUAACCAUGAAUUGGCUCCAAAACAAUGCCAUGGCAAUGCUGCUAUACUUAUGAAGAUCCUGUAUUCAGAUUAGACUGGGGCGCAGAAUUUGUGCCAAUUGUUGCGAUGGAAUAUCAAUUAUGGUCAGAUGCUGGGCAAAUUGCUUUUUCUCUGCGGUUGUGGAA